AUGUUUUCCUCGCAACCCGCACAUCUGGCUAAGGCCGAUGACCUCAAAAAGGCACCUCCUAAGGGGCAGGCCUGGUCUGUACCUAUCCCCGGAACCGAACAACCUGGACGUAGCCGGGUGUACCGGGCAUGGAACGCACAGAAGCAGAUGAUCACAACACUGGACCCUCAGGUCCAAACCGCCCAUGACAUCUUCGAGUCUACCGCCAACCGUAUCCCUAAAAACCACUUCCUCGGCUGGCGUCCAUACAACACCACCACCAAGACAUAUGAGCAAUACCAAUGGAUGACAUAUGAGACCGUGCAGAAACGCCGUGCGGCAUUUGGUGCUGGUCUGGUGGAGCUACACCAGAAGCACGACUGCCAUCGACCUGGCCAGUACGGUAUCGGUAUCUGGUCUCAGAACCGACCGGAGUGGCAAAUCACUGAUCUCGCCUGCCACUCUCAGGGUCUUUACUCUGUUUCCAUUUACGAUGUUCUGGCCGCAGAUGCUACCGAAUAUAUUAUCAACCAUGCCGAGCUGAACUGCGUUGUCACCACCCUCCCACACAUCACCGCCCUCAUCAAGCUCAAGUCUUCCCUGCCUAAUCUCAAGAUGAUUGUCAGCGUGGACCCGCUGGACGCAGGCGAGGAGACUGGUAAUACGAAACGUGCCCUGUUGGAGUCUAUGGCCGCUGGUUUGGAUCUUGCUAUUUACACCAUCGAUGAGGUCGAGGCUCUGGGAAUAGCCUCCAAGCGUGGAAUUAACCCUCCUUCCCCUUCGGACAUCAUUACCAUCAACUACACAUCCGGUACGACAGGUCAUCCCAAGGGUGUUGUUCUGACCCACGCAAAUGCCGUGGCUGCCACCUCAGUGGGUCUCAUCACAAUUGGACAGUCCAAGGGUGAUACUAUGAUCUCUUAUCUUCCGCUGGCGCACAUUUUUGGCCGUCUAUCAGAGCAAUGUGGUAUCUGGGGUGGUGCGCGAAUUGGUUAUUUCCAUGGCAACAUUUUGGAAUUGGUCGAUGACAUGAAAUUGCUACGACCUACUGGUUUCCAGUCCGUUCCACGUCUUUAUACUCGUUUUGGUGCUGCAGUACGAGCAGCUACAGUCGAGGCACCGGGCUUCAAGGGCGCUUUGUCCCGGCACAUUGUCGCCGCUAAGAUGGCCAACCUUAAGAACCCCGAUCCUUCCAAGGCUACCCUUAGCCACGCGCUAUAUGACCGAAUUUGGGCCAAGAAGGUGGCAGCGGCUCUUGGAUUGGAUCGCGCAAAUUAUUUGGUCUCAGGCUCCGCGCCUUUAGAUCCCAAUCUGCACGACUUCUUGCGUGUUUCCACCGGCACCGUUAUUCAGCAGGGUUACGGUCUGACGGAGUCCUAUGCUUGUGGUGUUGCCCAGUCUCUUUAUGAUCUGAGCUCCGGUAACUGCGGUCAGCUUGCUCCUUCUAUUGAGAUUUGCCUCGAAACCAUUCCGGAUAUGGAGUACACUGUGGACGACAAGCCAAACCCUCGCGGAGAGAUUCUUCUCCGCGGCCCUACCAUGUUCAGGGAGUACUACAAGAACGCCGAGGAGACAGCCAAGGCGGUUACCGAGGAUGGCUGGUUCCGCACUGGCGACGUCGGGUCAUUCGAUUCCAUGGGUCGUUUGACCGUUAUCGACCGUCGCAAGAACGUGCUUAAGCUAGCCCAGGGUGAAUAUAUCUCCCCUGAGCGUCUGGAGGGUCUCAUCCUCUCAGAGCUCGGCUAUCUCGGCCAGGGUUACAUUCACGGCGAUAGCUUGCAGACUUUCCUGGUUGCUAUCUUCGGUGUCUCGCCUGACUUGUACGCUCCAUUUGCUAGCAAGGUUCUCGGUCGCGAAAUUAGCGCCACAGAUUUACCGGCGAUCAAGGCUACUUUAUCAGAGGACAAGAUUCGCCGUGCAGUUCUCCGAGAUCUCGAGCGCGUGGCCAAGAAACAUAAGCUGGCAGGCUAUGAGCGUGUUAAGAACGUCUCACUACAACUUGAGCCUUUCACCGUAGAGAAUAACCUGCUUACCCCAACACUCAAACUGAAGCGUCCUCCCACUGUCAAGGCGUUCCGCACACUGCUGGAUCAAUUAUAUGCCCAGGCUAUCGAGGAGCAGUCUGCUCCCCGUGCUAAGCUGUAA